AGCGGAGCGACAGGGGGGUCCCCUCGGGCCCCAGGCGAGAGGGCGGCGACACACGGAGUCAACAGUGCACGACAGCGGGCACUGCGUCAUCUGGCAAGGCAGUGGGCAACCGAGUCAACAUGGUAUAGACGCGCGGGCACUGGGUCAGGACACUUGGAUCGUCCUGACUGGAAACAGCGGGCAUCGGGUCACCAGGGCAGAUCAGGUCUUAUUGGUACUCGGGAUCAGCGGGAACCGCGUCAUACUGGCAAGGCAGUAGGCGGUCUCCGAGUCCACAGGCACGACAGUGGGCACCAGGGUCACCAGGCCAUUGGAUCGUCAGGCUCGACAGCGGGC